AUUAUUAAUCAUUUGUCGUCUGUGAUUAAAAAUACAAAUGGCCGAAGUCAGGUCGCGUAAAUGAAUUUAUUAGUGUUUCAAUGUACUUUAAGUGUUAUGUGUAAUUUGUUUUAACAUAGACAGUUGCAAAAGAACAACUAAUGUCCAAGUUUUAUCCUUGAUAAAGUACUUAUUGCUAACCUCAAAAUCCCAAACAAAAUGGAGCUUCCUCAGCCGCCACAGGAUCAAGACCUACGAAAUAUAAUAGACAAGCUCGCACAAUUUGUCGCUAGAAAUGGCCCGGAAUUCGAGAAGAUGACCAAAACGAAACAAAAAAACAACCCCAAGUUCAGCUUUCUCUACGGCGGGGAGUACUUCAACUACUACCAGUACAAAGUGACGACAGAGCAAGCAAUUCUAAAGCAAUCAGCCGGUGGCCAGGCGGCCCCCGCGCCCGCCGGCGCUUAUACGGCACAGAACAGGCAAUAUGUACUGCCCCAACAGGCCAGCGCGACGCCAGCGCAGUUGGGCCUGGCGGCGUCCAUGGCGGCGGCUCCUGCGCUGCAGCAGUGGCUCGCUGCCAACUCCGCGCCGCCCGCCGCGCGCGCCGACUGCGACAGCGUCAAUGCACAGAUCAGCAUGCUCAGGGAACAGAUCACUCAGUCGGAGAAUAACCUUAACGCUCAGCACAAUGUGUUAAUACAGCAACAACAAGCCAAAAUCAAUGAACUUGUGAGCAAGGCCCAAGUGGAGACCAUACAGAUUAUGGCGGAGGAAAACAACAUUGUCCUCUCAGAACUUGAUACUAUAUUGCAACCAAUCAUCGACACAUGUACUAAAGAUAGCAUUUCAACAGGCAAGGGUUGGAUAUUGCAACAUGCAACAUCACAUGAUGCGGGGAAAGUUAUAUCACAGCACCUCCUGAGGAAAGUCACCCAGCAGGGUGCACCAUUCUCACAAAAGCUCCACAUCAUUUACCUCAUCAAUGAUGUUCUCCACCAUUGUGCACGCAAAAACGCUGAAGAUCUCAAGAAAAAUUUGGAAAAUGUGGUGGUUCCAAUGUUUUGCAAUGCCAGUAUAGCCGUUACAGAGGAGCAGGAGGCUAAAUUGAACAAGCUGCUGCGGCUCUGGGAAUCUAAGUCCAACUACUUCGAUGCUGCGGUCAUUAAAAAAAUGAAGAGCCCCACGAGCUCCUACCAAGAGUAUCAGAACAACUUGAUAGCGCAGCACUCUAAUGCGAUUGCACAUUUGACGCAACAGACGAAAGCCACAUUCGAAAACUACCAAACACAACAUCAAGCGUUCGUCGCGCACACAAUGCAGCAAAUACAACAAAUGGAGAUGCAAAAACAAGCACUAGAACUCAACAACCAAGAACAGAACAAAGAUAAUCAACAACAAAACAACAUGCAACCAACAUUUCAAAACAACAAUUUCAACGACUACCAACAGCAUUCAGGAUACGACCAGAACUUUAAUUCUGGGCACCAACAGUUUGGAAGCGAGAGCGGAGACAACUAUCCUUCCAACAACAGCAUAAGUGGCAAUGAAAAUAGUUAUGACAGUCAAACGUUUGAUCAAAUAACGAGUCAAAAGAAACAGGAAACGAUAGAGGAACCCGAUUUAUCGCACCUUCCAAAUGUGAACUUCUCUCAGCCUCCUCCAGGGUUUGAGCCUCAAGAGCCUCCGUUGUUAGCUUUUCAAAAUGGUCUUCCAGAUCUAAGCAAACCCCCACCCGGGUUCCUUCCGUUCCCUGAGAUUAACAGUGAUGACUUAAUGCCUUCAGUACCUUAUUUCGAAUUGCCCGCAGGGUUGAUGGUACCUCUUAUUAUGCUGGAAGAUGAUAAAUACAAGCCAUUGGACCCCGCGAAGAUUCGUCUGCCACCUCCGGCGCCGCCCAACGAGAGGCUACUCGCUGCGGUGGACGCUUUCUACGCCUCGCCCAAUCACGAACGACCCAGAGACAACGAGGGUUGGGAAAAGUUAGGUUUGUAUGAAUAUUACAAGGCUAAAAACGCAGCUCGGAAGAACAAAGAAGAAGCCAUCGCGCAGGGCUUGAGACAGAAGUCAAGGACACCGAGCCCUAUACCGAAAGAUUUACAGAAACAACCCACCCCACCAGGCAGAAGAUACAGGUCGCUAAGUAAAUCUCCAGAGAAAGUUUCACCGAAGAAGUCCAAAUCAAGAUCGCCUUCGCCGAGAAGAAAAAACACAUGGCGACGAGACAGGGAGAGAGAGAGUAAGUCUAGACAAGGUCGGCGAAGGUCCCGGUCGCGGUCGCGGUCCCGGUCCCGCAGCCGGUCCCGCGAGCGCGCCGAGCGACACGCGCCGCGCGAGACUUCGCCCCCGCGCUCGCGCCGCGUCGAACGCUCCCGGUCGCCGACGCCGCCUAGUUUUCUAGGGGGCUCCUACGCCGGUCCGUCACAACAAACAAUAGAUUCCAGUAACAAGGGCCACCAGCUCCUACAGAAGAUGGGCUGGAGCGCCGGCGGGCUGGGCGCCGCCGGGCAGGGCAUCGCGGAGCCCAUCAGCGGGGGCACGGUGCGCGAUAAACAGGACCAAUACAAAGGUGUUGGUGUGAACUUGAAUGAUCCUUACGAAAACUUCAGAAAGAACAAAGGUGCAGCAUUUAUUACAAGAAUGAAGGAGAGGGCACUCGAGCGAUCAACGUGAUCAUAUUAGAAAGACAUUAUAGGUGUAUAUGUGUAUAAUUGAAAUGCGUGAAUGAAAUAAUAUGAUUUAUUUUAUCUAAAUCAUCUUAAUAAAGUUUAACUUCUAUA